GGGUCCCCAGGGGCGGGGCUGGAGGCGUCCCUGACGCGAUCUCCCGGGUGUUCCUAGCCCGGUGUUUUUCCCCACGGCAGGUGGCCCCCGACCCGAGCUGCAAUCAUGGGAAACACCACUAGCGACCGAGUGGCCGGGGAGCGCCACGGCGCCAAGGCUGCACGAGCCGAGGGCGCCGGCGGCCAUGCCCCGGGCAAGGAGCAUAAGAUCAUGGUGGGGAGCACGGACGACCCCAGCGUCUUCAGCCUGCCGGACUCUAAGCUCCCUGGGGACAAAGAGUUUGUAUCAUGGCAACAGGAUUUGGAGGACUCCGUAAAGCCCACACAGCAGGCCCGGCCCACUGUUAUCCGCUGGUCUGAAGGAGGCAAGGAGGUCUUCAUCUCUGGGUCCUUCAACAAUUGGAGCACCAAGAUUCCACUGAUUAAGAGCCAUAAUGACUUUGUUGCCAUCCUGGACCUCCCUGAGGGAGAGCACCAGUACAAGUUCUUUGUGGACGGACAGUGGGUUCAUGAUCCAUCAGAGCCUGUGGUUACCAGUCAGCUUGGCACAAUUAACAAUUUGAUCCAUGUCAAGAAAUCUGACUUUGAGGUGUUUGAUGCUUUAAAGCUAGAUUCAAUGGAAAGUUCAGAGACAUCUUGUCGAGACCUUUCCAGCUCACCCCCAGGGCCUUAUGGUCAAGAAAUGUAUGUAUUUCGAUCAGAGGAGAGAUUCAAAUCCCCACCCAUCCUGCCUCCUCACCUUCUCCAAGUUAUUCUUAACAAGGACACUAAUAUAUCUUGUGACCCAGCCUUGCUCCCCGAGCCCAAUCAUGUUAUGCUGAACCAUCUUUAUGCAUUGUCCAUAAAGAUAAAGAAACUAAGGCUCAGAGAAGGUCAUAUUGCCAGACAGUGUGAUGGUCCUUAGCGCAACCCAUCGCUACAAGAAGAAGUAUGUCACUACUCUGCUGUACAAGCCCAUCUGAAGGGAUCCCUUCCCACUUCCCAGGAUCCAGGAGAAGCAUCUCCCUUGCCUUUCUGGACUGGACCAGUCUUACCUGGGACUCCUGGAAGGCUGAUUUGCUUUGAGGCUAAUAUGUGUGUUUCAGUGCCUCUGAGUAGGAUGCUCUGCUUUUGCAUUUGAUUGCAGAUGAGAGCUUUAUGAGUUCAUGGAAUUUAUUUAAAAAAAAUAUUUAUAUAUAUAUACAUAUGAGAGGAAGGUUAAUGGAAGCCUCCUAGCCAGAUAUAUUCUCUCUGCCUGUGGGAACUGACCAAGACCUGUUUGGGAGAGUGGCCGGGAGAACCAUUAUAGGAAGAUUUUUUCCUAAACUGAAUGAAGAGCAAACUCUCAGGAUCCCUGUUGGGUAGAGAUUCUAUCACUGCUUCCUUGGCUCUCCAAGGGAUGCACUUGUGCCAGACUACUGCCCUACUGACAGCUGCCUCCUUGCAGGGGCAACUUUUCUUGCAUGGGUUCUCUGUAUUCCCAGAGUAUGUGGCACAAUCUGUAUUUUUUAUAUGAUACCAGAUACCCCACAAGAACCCUUUUCCUCUCAUUUCACAUUCUUGCUUUGUCAAUCUGGCCCUUCUCUAACACAAAAAUCAGUGGGUAAGUGACCCCUUUCAAAGAUUGUGUGACAUCUGACCCACCUCAGACACUAGGACUUGCAGAAAGUCUCCUUUAUAGCCCAGCACAGGCCCAUGACACUUUGUUACACUUGUUUUAACUUCUACUACAGAAAAUAUGGUUCAGUAGUAUAUGAAAGGCAGAAUGCAGAAAGUCUACUUUCUUGGUUUGGUUUCGUGCCACAGUUUAGGCUGAACUGGCACAUUCCCAUAGGUUUUCCCACCUGGCUUGGCCCUGCUUCCGUGUUUUCUUUCACAGAGCAUACAGCCUGAAGGUAGGAGUGAAACCAGGGAAAACUUUCAUGUCUUUCAUCCACGGAAGAUUUUAUGUGACUAUGUUUUUCUUUUAUCAAAAAAUGCCUUUUCAUUGGUCGUAAGAGACUGUAUCAGAGAACUUCAGGCUCUUGAUAAAGAGCUCCCAAUAUUUUCUCCUCUGGUCUAGCCCUCUACAAUUUUACAUUAAUGUGGCUGACUCUGUGUACAUCAUUACAGUAAACACUACUCUAGAUACAGAUCCAUUCAGGCUCGUUUCAUUCACCUAAAAGGAUCCCUCAACUUAAAGAUUCAUUAGGCCAAGAAGCAAGAAAGUACCCUUGCUGUUCCCAACCAUGGAAAGUAUCGUCUUCAUGCACUAAGUGCUAACAGAAUCAUUUUGUUUUUCACCUUUUUCCAAAAAACGUUUUUGAUGAUGACGUGGUGUCAGUGAUUUCCAUUUGUGGAGUAAAAAGUCGCUGUUCAAUCCAUCACUGGGGUUUAGAGAUAAAACAUUUUUUUCCAAGUAUCUGUGGCUGUUCAUUACAGAUAAAUGCAAGCCAAACAUUCAAUCCUGGAGGAUGCUAAACUUGAUGCUUGAGAGGCUCCUUGACUGCUAAGAUGAGCCCAGCCACACUGAAAGGGCACCCGUAGAUCAAUUAGCUACCUCCUGUCUUAUGCAUGUAAAGCCAAUGACACAGUUGUUUCCGGGGCUGUAGGCCUCUUAGCUCCUGUGUGAGAGGCAAUAGGGCAUGGGGUUGUUGUUUUGCUGUCAGCUGCUCAGUGCUUUGGUGAUUUAUUGCUGAGAGUAAAUACUGCUUUAGCUACUCAAAGCCCCACACUGCAGCAAAAGGCUUUUGUGGAGAAUGUUUUAUAGUCCCAAUCACUUUUAGAAUGGUGUGCAAGUUAAAACAUCUAAGCCAAAUUCUGUUACAACCAACUCUCAGGAUCUACAUUGUCUUCAGUUAUACUAGAAUUUUGUUUUUUCCUAGAAUUUUGUUUUUUCCAAUACCCAUUAAUAAGUGGGCCACUUAGGAAGAUUUAAAAUCUUGGUUGUUACAGGAAGGAUUUUUGUGUACUCAUAUGUCUUGUCAGCAGUACUGAAAUGUAAUCAUUGAUGUGUUCAUGUAUUAAAAUUUCUGUUCCACACAGUUAUAUCAGUAGGGUGGGGCAGGAAAAGAGAUUCCUUCAAUUUCUCUCAGGCCAGAGGCUUCUGUGAACUGGGUCUGUCUCCAAUGACAGUAAGUUUUGGUGCUGGUGACCUUCAGAUCUUUCUAAUCUGGAAAUGUGCAGAACGUGUUAGUUUUCCAAAUCCUGAGGUAAUCUCUCAGCCAGAUCUGAAAUGGGAGCCUACCAGCUGGUAUGGAAAGGGACGAGUAAGAGGAACUGGAUGAUGACUCAUUCAGCCCUGUCCCUCCUCUGUGCUGCUGAUACAUCCCAUGGCCUUGAGAAUUCCUAUCAUACUCUCAGUCUGUCCCUAAGAAAGUGUUUUAGAAGGUAUAGAGGGAGGGAGGAAGGUACCCCAAAGUACAGCUCACUCAUUCUUUUAUAUUGGUUAAAGGGAUAGUUUAUUUUCUGCAGAACUUGACAGAUUUUGAAAAUGAAUAAAGGCAAAACAAUUUUUUUUGGCUUUUUUUUUUCUUUUUUUUUUUUGGCCUUUAAGAGUUUCACAGUCAGAGUAACAAAAUAGCUCUUUGGGAGGGCUGCUCUUAAAGAAGCACAUCAUGGUUUAGUGGUUGUGGAAAAAGAAGAGUGAGCUAAGGAGUAACACUAGGAAAAUUAAGGCUUAAGUAACUCAGAACUAAAAAUACCCUCUUUUAAAAAAAAACGAAAUCAGUCAUAACAUACUGUCUUUGGGUCUCAUUGUACAGAAUUUACUGUAUAAAAAAAUCUUCCGUUUGUCUCUUGUUUCUAUUUUCUGCCCUUUCUUCUAUAUUUUGCUUUAACUGAACGUGUCAGGCAGGCUUUACCAGGGUCUAAAGUCAAACGUUAUCUAAAACAAAUAUUAGUCAUCUUGCUGGUAAGGAGAACUUCUGUGUCAUGGCUAUUAGCUUGCUUUAAGCUUAGAGUUGAAUAGGAUUUAAUCACUGUAGGCAAAACCCCUGAAGGGCAUGCUGGCGUCAAUAGUGUUGACUUUUUUAAACAAUGCUUAUUAGGUAGAGAAACACUGUAAUAGAAUAAUCCAAGAGAAGUUUCUGACAGGAUCCUACAAGCGCAGGCCCACUCGCUUCACUCCCAAUUAUUUCUAGUCUCUUGUAGACCUAGUGGAUCUGACAUAAAACUUAUAAAAAGUGUUGGUACUCCAUGUAUGCUGCUAAAAUGAAGUAAAGUUAGAAAAGAAGUGUUGCUAGACUGGGUUUAUAUUAAUCUGGGUAUAAAUGAAGGCAACAUAUUAAUGAUAGACUCCUCAGCUUUUAAUUGGGGAAAUAGGGCUUUUAAAAUUUUGGCCUCAACUAAAAAUGAUAUGCAGUAAUCUCUGUGUAUGUUUGAAAUACAUUCUGUUCUCAGAGAUUUCUAAAUCAUCACAUUCUAGUGAUUUGGGGUGGGGGCCUAAGAGCAGAUACGCAGUUGGUUCCUGCAUUAUUCUGACUCAUCCUUAAAGCCAAAUUCUUGCUGACUUCUUCUAGGGGGACUGCUGACUCCAGUUACCCAUGGGAUGGAGGACCUGGGAGGGAUAGAAGUUAAGAGUCUUAAAACUCUGGAUCUAGGCAUUUGUCUCUCCUUAAUUAUCAAUCACAAUUAAAGGUUGAAAUGCUGUGAUUUCUGCAAUGAACCCAAACUUUUGGAGUAAAAAGGCCAAAUCUUUUUAAAUUACAAGAAAAAAAGGAAAGGAAGAGAAAAAAACAAAAAAACUCCAAGAGUCUUACUCAUAAAACUCAGUUCUUAGCAAUAGAAUCCCUCUAGGAUUCAGACUUGGGCUUUGUCUUGAUUUGCUUUUCUCAGUUGUGCUUUGAAGUGAAUAAAUUUUGUUAAAAAUUAAAUUGUGUAUUAGUUCCAACAUUAACUGGAGUUGAAUUGUGUGUAGCACAGUGCUUCUGGUCAGAAAUACUAAAUGCUCCGAGGAUUUUGUAGUCAGGUUAAAUGGUCAAGGAACAUCUACCAUAAGCAUUAUAUUAUGUAUUGAUCAUCUUAACUUCUCUAUCCCUGUCUAGAGCGCACCUUCCCAGGUGGUGGUUUUAGAACAGUCGGCGCGCACUGAUGUUGAUUAGUCCUAAUCCCCGCAUAGGCCCCAUAUGUGAGACUUGUUUGAAUUUUGGUAAAUUGGAUAGCGUUGGUCAAGAGUCAGAAUACUGAAGUAUUUUGAAUGUUUACAGUUCUGUUAUAAAGGGGGAAUAAAACUGUACUUUGAAAGGAAUUAAAUAUUAUGAGUCCUCCUUUAAAUGGUGCUUUUUGUAACCUUUAGUGCUGAGAUACGGAGCUACUUUUCAGUAUUUCACAAAGGAGUGGCAUACAAGAAUGAGUUUUAAAGCUUUUCUCCAAAUAUAAUUUGUCACUGGACUCUGACAUGUCUGAAAAUUAUGUGAUGUAACACAUAUAAAAUGUGAGUUUUCUUCAAUAAAACUUGAAUAAAAGUAUCAUACAGCAA